AUGAGAAAUAGAAGGGAACUUGGAUAAUCAUUUAAAAUGAAUGCUCAAAUACCAAAAAUAGAUAAGACUCCAGUCAAAAGAAGGAGUUGUGAAUGUUCAGAAUGUGGUUUAGUAAACAAAAAAAUUAAAUAUACGGCAUCAAUUAUCUAAUAGUUUCAACCAUAUUUCAACUUAGCUUAUAAAUUGUUUGAAAACGAAAGAAAGAAUCAAGAAAAGCAAACUAAAAUCCAACAACAGAAAUAAUUGAGGCUGAGAAAUAAGCGACAUAAUCAUAAUAAAGACAUGUUCAAAAAAGCAGUCAAUGUUAUAACACUUUAAGAGACUUUUUCAAAUAACAAGAAAAGAAAUGUGGAAUUGCCUCCAAUCAAUAUGUGCUCUUUGAAAGAAAUCAAAAAUAAUUAAUCCAGUAAUGUAUUAUCGGUUGUACCUCAAAGAAAAAUGUGGGAUAAACGAUAAACUACAAUAAAGUUUCAAUAUAAAUAAAAUACUGGUCAUAAUCAAAGAUGUUGCCUGCCUGCUACUCCAUUAGAUUCUCAUCUAGUCUUUAGAAUUAACAAAGUCAUUUACUAAUAAUAUAUUUUAAGACAUCAGUAAGGAACUAUUGAUGAUUUUCAUUUCAAAUUGCGAAUCAAUGUAUUUGAUGAAAAGACUGAAUCUUUUCCAGCCAAACAUUAAUUGCUGGUUCCUCCAAUUAGAUAAGAAGAAGACUAUGAUGAAGAUGAAUCUAUUAUCGAAUCAGUUCUACAAAUGCCAAUAAAACAUAAACCUACUAGAGAAGAACAAUAUAAGCAAAUCCUCAAAUAUAAUAAAAGAAGCUUUGCUAAUUUGGUUGAAUAAGCCUCACUUACUGAAAGAAAAGCUAUUCAAAAUUUAAUUAAAAUUAGUAUAGCUAUGUAUCUUAAAUAGGUAACAGUCAUAAAAUCUUACCAUUAAUCUUUGAUCAUUAGCCAUUACCAAUCUAUAUGA